AUUACUGAAGAUCAAAGCGCUAAAUUAGCUGAGCACUUCUAAGCUGUAUUGUAUCAUGCAGUGUCCUCUAAGAGGGUGGUAAAAUAUAAUAGUAGCCUUCUUGAAAUAAGGGGGAUUUCUAGUCGGCGCAGAAAAUGUCUCUCAACUACAGCGUUUGUUUAAACAAUGCAGCACGUUGCAGAGCAUUGGAGGCCUUCGGAAUUGUAUUGCUGUGUAUAUGGCAGAGACGUAUUAGCAGAGUGAAUGGCUGCAGGCUUGUCUUGCACAACAUCUUGGGUUCUUUCGUGGCAAAGCACUUACUAACGAAAUACCCUAGAAAGUGUUCUUUCCUGUGGAAUUCCCUGUGGAUAUUUUUAAGGGAAGGGACAUUGAUGAGUUAGUAUUUAUGCCACACUGAAUAACCUUAGAAUAAUUAUUUUUCGUUGCUAUUUUUUUCCUGCUUUCACCUACACCUUUCCUUACAGUGACUUUUUAAUUAACUAAUUUCCUCAGAAAUCUAUUUAAAAAUCAGAACUUGCUAUAAUUCCGGUUUCCUUUAUGCUGCGUUCUAUCGUGACUGCCAGUAAUAUAUAUUGAACCCAGAUUUGAUUCAGGUAGCAAAGAUGUAUAUAAUUAAUUUGGUUUUUUUUCCCCCAGGGUUUUAGUGUAUCUUGAUAAAGGAAGAUAACAUUUGUCAGAUUGGUUUAUUGCUUGAGAAGAAAAAAUCUGUAUAGAGUUUGCCUUGAUGAACUCUGUGUUGGUGUUUGAAGAGUUGGUUUACCUGGCACUGAUAGAAGACUAAGGAAAUAAAAUAAUGCUAAUGAAGCAACCAUUUCCCUGAAGUUUGAGUUUUCAGACUCACUGCUAUAAUGGAUGAGCAGCAAGCUUUGAAUUCAAUCAUGCAGGAUUUGGCUGUGCUUCAUAAGGCCAGUCGUCCUGUAUUGCCCCAGCAAGAAACAGGAAAACCAAAGUCAUCUUCACCUAAAAAACAGAAUGAUGUUAGAGUCAAAUUUGAACAUCGAGGUGAAAAAAGGAUCCUGCAAUUACCAAGGCCUGUUAAACUUGAAGAUCUUGCAGCUAAAGCUAAAGUUGCUUUUGGACAGACUAUGGAUUUACAUUACAGCAAUAAUGAGCUUGUAAUUCCGUUAACCACACAGGAUGACCUGGACAAAGCUGUUGAGCUACUUGACCGUAGUGUACAUAUGAAGAGUCUCAAGAUACUGCUUGUAAUACAUGGAAAUACACAGUCUCCCAGUGUAAAUAACGUGGAACCCUUGCCCUCACUGGAAGAUUUAGAUAAUACAGUGUUUGGUGUGACAGACAGAAAAAGGCGACUGUCUGUAAUAGGUUCUAAUACUCGUGAUAGGAGUUCACCUCCCCCAGGAUACAUUCCAGAUGAGCUGCACCAGGUGGCUCGAAAUGGGUCCUUCACCAGUAUCAACAGUGAGGGUGAAUUCAUUCCAGAAAGUAUGGAUCAGAUGCUGGAUCCAUUGUCUUUGAGCAGUCCUGAAAACUCUGGCUCAGGAAGUUGUCCCUCGCUUGACAGCCCGUUAGAUGGGGACAACUAUCCCAAGUCUCGGAUGCCAAGAGCGCAGAGCUAUCCAGAUAAUCAUCAGGAAUUCUCAGUAGAGUAUGACAUCCCAAUAUUUGAGAAAUUUGGAAAGGGGGGGACUUAUCCCAGACGAUAUCAUAUUUCAUAUCAUCAUCAAGACUACAGUGAUGGUCGUAAAACUUUUCCAAGAGCCAGAAGGACUCAGGGGAACAACUUCCGAUCACCAGUUAGUUUCAGUCCCACCGAUCACUCGCUGAGCACCAGCAGUGGGAGCAGCGUCUUUACGCCAGAAUACGAAGAUAACCGAAUGAGGAGGAGGGGCAGUGACAUAGACAAUCCUACCUUGUCAGUCAUGGACAUCAGCCCACCCAGCCGCUCACCACGAGCUCCAACUAACUGGAGACUUGGUAAACUGCUGGGUCAAGGUGCAUUUGGCAGAGUGUAUCUGUGUUACGAUGCUGAUACUGGAAGAGAACUGGCUGUUAAACAAGUUCAGUUUGAUCCCGAUAGUCCGGAAACCAGCAAGGAAGUAAAUGCACUUGAAUGUGAGAUUCAGUUGCUGAAAAAUCUGCUGCAUGAAAGAAUUGUUCAGUAUUAUGGCUUCUUGAGAGAUUCACCUGAAAGGACACUCUCAAUAUUCAUGGAGUAUAUGCCUGGGGGUUCCAUCAAAGACCAAUUGAAAUCAUAUGGAGCACUCACAGAGAAUGUGACUCGUAAAUACACACGGCAGAUUUUGGAAGGAGUUCACUAUUUGCACAGUAAUAUGAUUGUCCAUCGAGAUAUUAAAGGAGCAAAUAUUCUGCGGGAUUCAGCAGGCAAUGUGAAGCUUGGUGACUUUGGUGCCAGCAAACGACUGCAGACUAUCUGUCUCUCUGGUACGGGAAUGAAGUCUGUCACAGGAACUCCCUACUGGAUGAGUCCUGAAGUUAUUAGUGGAGAAGGGUACGGCAGAAAAGCAGACAUCUGGAGUGUAGGUUGCACAGUGGUAGAAAUGCUCACUGAGAAACCCCCGUGGGCAGAGUUUGAAGCCAUGGCUGCCAUCUUUAAAAUUGCCACUCAGCCAACCAACCCCCAGCUCCCUCCUCACGUCUCCGACCACGCUCGCGAUUUCUUGAAACGGAUUUUUAUCGAGGCCAAGCUGCGACCGUUUGCAGAUGAACUGCUAAGACACACGUUUGCACACUAUCACUAACACCUGCCUCAACUCAGCUUGCAUCUACUGCAUUUAUUUUCUAUUUGACUGCACUUUUCUUUUUUAUUUUUUACAAAGAAAAAGGAGAAAAAAGACAAGAGAGAGAAUAUUCUCUUGAAUCUUUGUUUCACUUAGAUUGUAAACAAUCUAAAUUUUGUAUCUAUAAUGAGAAUCUUCCCUCCUCCCAACAGGACUAGAACUUUUUGUUUCUAUAAUGUACUGAUGUGGUUGAUGUAGAUAAAGCACUUUAGUACAUAUUUGUUCCUUAUUUAAAGAGGAAAAAAAUUUAAAAUGCUUGGACAGUCAGGAACUGUGUGACUUUUUCUGACACCGCUGACUGACUCAGGGUGCAGGGAAAAAUAGACAUGCAGCUAAAUGACAAGAAGGUUACUUCUAUGUGAUUCUUAUCUAUAUUGUAGGUACUUGCAGCAGAGAGUUCUAAGUUCUUAUUUUAUUUUAGCAUUUAAUCAGUUUCUGGAAUUUACAGUUUGGAAUUUACAGGAACAUGCAGUUCUGAGAGUUAAUUGAUGGAGCAGAAGAACUUGGAACUCUUUGUACAACAGCAUGUCUAGCUGGUACUUCUAUGUGACCAAAAGAAAAGAACAAAAAUGAGCUCAAAACUGAUGUACUAAUUAGAAGUUUUGGUGUAGAAUUAUUGUAUUAUCUUAAUAGGAAAAUAAUUACAGGUAAACAGAUUAUGGGCCCAGACUCCUAGAAACUACUAUACUGCAAAGGGGAAAUUUUCCAUGCUAGACAAGGGUCAGCUAUUGGAUGUAAAUAGUUAGGAGAAUGCCUCCUGCUCUAUCUGCCAAAGAGAACCUCUGUUGCAUAAGCUUCAAGGGAGAUAGUUAUCUUAGCUGAUAAAAAAUACUGGUGUUGAGGGUCAGUUCUUCACAGUCCCAUGAAUGGCUGCAGGGGAAAGGGAGUAACUAAUCCUUGUGCAGUAUAUGAGUUACUGGAUUCAGAAUGAGCUAUAAGAAAUGUUUUCAAAGCUGUUGAGAGGCGCUAGGAUGGAAUGUAUGUCAACAUCAAGUGCCUGAAUAAUACAAAAUUCUUCUCAUUCUGCACUAAAAAAAAAGGUUUAGUAAUGCUGGUCAGUCAUCUAGGAUGUGAUGAUAAUUCCUGAAAUAAAGUCAAACAUCUCUUAACAUCAGGAAUGAGUCACUGAGAAAGCUAGGACUCUAGCUGUAUUUUUAAUAAAGUUGCACUGAUGAAUCCUAUGAAGAUGGAGGCACAGCCCAGAAAACUGUACAAAGAACAGGCCAGAAGUGCAGAGAGAGCCAGCAAUUAAAUAACAUCAGUGUGAUUAUUCCAGCCUGAUAAUCCAGAUUGGUGUUUGUCUGAUUUCCAACUGUCAUAAAGUGUACAUUACUUACUUUUUCUAUUUCUGAAAGAACAUAAUAAAAGAAGUAAAAAUCUGAAAUAUUGCUUCUCAGCUGAGAAGCCCAGGUACUAAUCAGGUGUACUGAAUAACUGACUUUUCACAACAGAAAAGUCAGACUCAUAUUUUUGUAGAACAGAACAUAAAUAAUUUAAAGGGGCAUUUGGAAAUAAACUAUUGGACAACAGAACUGAAAUUAUGUUUACUGUUUUGGAUGAUUCAUUGCUUGCUUUUUUUGUUUUUUAAAGGCAGAGCAGGCUGGUACUGUGACCCUUGUCUAGUCUGACAAGGCUCUACCUGUUCUGCAUCUUUAGAGGUCUGUCAGGUUUACAAAAUGCAUGGAGACUGAACAAUAAGCUUACCUAUUCUCACAAUCACUCACAUAUGAGAUUUCUGAAUUUAUUCUUCUGAAUUCCAUAUAUUUUAUCAGAGCAUAAGCCGGAGUAUGGAUUUAUCCUAAUCACUUUACCUGUAGUGGAGUAAGAAUGACUUUUUUGUGGCCAUCUCUCCAGAGACUGAGAGUGGUGACUUCUUCAGCUUAUGUGAGUAUUUUACCCAACUUAGGAUUUUCUUGGUCAGGGUAUACAACUGUGCAGGGUUUCCUGAGCACAGGAAGUAGUAGUCAGACCAGGAAAAGUAUAAAAGGCUGAAAGGAAAGGCAGCUUGUACUGACUUUUUUUCUUGUUUCUCUGUCACUAGAUAAAAGCUAUGAAGCAGCCUUUAAGAAGAAUUGGUAUAUACUCUGCUGUAAGGGAUUUUUGCUUUAUAAGCAAAAUACAGUGACAGUAGGGAUGGGAAGUUUAAUGUAGAACCUAAUAGUUUAUGUAGGUAAUUUUCAAGAUCGUGUAAUUGAAGUGAUUGAUUUUAGACUAAACAGGUACCAAAACCAAGGUGAAAAUGUAUAUAAAAAUCAGUAGUGGUCAGUGAUACCUGGAAAGGUAAGGAAAUUUUAUAUUACCAAAAAAGGACAUUAAAGGGAAAAUGUAACCAGGUUUAUCUGUAGCAUUCAUAACAUUUAAAUAUACUAUUCUAAAGAGAAACUGCACUCUCUGAAGCUUGAACAUUUUCAGAAUCUAGUUUUCUUAUAAGGUGACCUUUUUGUGAGACAGUGCUGGAUCAUGUAUAUUGCAAUAUCACUUUCUUGUUGUGAUUUUUAAUUACUGAACAAUCAAGUUUGCUGCUUUUGUGCCUUUUCUUAAAAAAAAAUGGCAUUCAGUCAUGACAACGGUCAGUGUUUUGGAGCCAGGAAAAAAGCAGCUUUCAAAAUAGAUUUUUCGUCAUGUCUUUGGCAUGUCAGAAAGCUGCCAAUUUAAAAACUGUGCUUCUUAAAUGAAGUUGACAUUUUCCAGUUUUAGUGAUUCUAGUAAAAUUUUAGAAAUUUAACCAGGGUUAGGCUUAAGCUAGUUUUUUUUUCACCCUAAGGAGAAUCUCUGCUGACUUAAAUAACUUAGAGUAAACUAGUAGGUUAUUAACACAAAUAUUUUGAGCUAGAAAUAAUUAUAAAGCUAAAUCAGACUUUUACCAAGAGGUUGGCUAUUACUUACCCCUAGUGGGGUAAUGUAGUAAAAUGAGCUGUAUACAGGGUUUGUUAAACACUUACAGGGACUCCUGUGAUGAUGGUGAAUUACCCCUCAUUCUAGAAUUUGUGAGGGUGCAUGGAAUUUCAUGCUUUAAACUCCACUGGAGGAGGAUUGCAGAGCCAAGAUCCCUGCUCACACCUUCUUGUAUGUCACUUUAAAAGCCACCAGCAUUUUGAAAUCGUGAAUUGGCCUUAAUUGUUGAAUCCAAUUAUAAAAAGAUGCCAGUGAAAGCAAUACUGCUGUAGGGUUGGGUUGCUUUUCUGUAAAUGCCACAAUGAAGCUAUACUCUCAAAAAAUAAGAAAAAUUGCAUGGUGAGUAUGUGUAUUUUCAACUCUUACUUAUCUAAUGAUUUUUAGCAUUCUCUCUGUUGCACAUAUUAAGUAACAAGAACUACUUCGUGGUAUGGUUUUAAUGGUGUAAUAGUCCUGUUAGAGUAUGACUCUUGGUUUCAGUUGUGUUGUGUUAGACAAAGUUAACACAAAAGUUAUUUUUUAUUUGGGUGAUAGAAAUAUCCAUGGACAAACCCAAAAAGGUAUGGAUCAAAUAAGUGUGAAGUUAAAUCUAGUUGUCUUUUCUUGACAGUUUAAAUAUAGUCUUAAAACUUCUAACUUGAUUUCCAAUUAGAUUUGUAGCUAAACAGUCCUUUCAGUCAAAUAAAAUGAAAAGUUUUAUUUUUUAGCUAGUGCCUUUUUCUCUGUAUGCCUUAAUUUUGUUCAUGUUAGAACACCAUAUUGAAAUAAGUCAUACAAUUCCAUGUCACCAAAGCAGUCUUAGAGAAUGGGUUUUUUCAAAGUGCCCAAAGCAGAGUUUGCCUAACUGCAUUGAAAAGUGUGCUUGAGUUAUAAUCUGCAGCAGACAUUCAAAUUUAGAACUUUAAAGUGAUUUUUGGCUUCCUGUGCUAAUAAACGUUUUGUAUUUGCAUUCUGGAGAUUGUACACUGAUGCACAUGCCAGAAAGAGAUUUGUCUGCGUGCACAGAAGUAACUGGAUUGUCACAAUUUGACUUCCUGGCUCUGGGUACCAGACUGCAGCACAGUUUCUUACUGGGCUUGAAAGCAAAGUUGGUACAUUUGUAAGCAUGGUACUGUAUUAAAAGCUGUUUACUUUCAGUGCACAGGAAUAUGAUCUGUCCAAGCAAACGAACAUAUUUCUUUCCUGUGCCUUUUGGAUAAUCCUAAUCCUGCCAUUGUCUUGACUGAAAGCCUCAUAGAACCCGUAGGUACAGUGCAGUAUAGCAAGCCAUUCUUUUGGACAGCGUAGAGCUAUGUCUAACUGCAGCUUCAGAGACUCGAGCAAAUUGGUCAGAUCUACAGUUAUUUAUAACCAGUUUCUUACUUUUUUUAUAUUGAAGGACUGUGUCAUGCAUAUAGAAAAGUAUAAUUUGUGUGCUUGAAUGUAAGUCCCUGUGGUGUUUCUGGAAAAGCGGAGGCAUUGCCGCCAGUGUCAUUUCUUCUUGCUGGUAACUUGCUGUCUUGUGGCAAUGACAAGUCUGCAGUGUAGAAUCACAUACAAUUACCAAAGCUUUUCUAUCCCAUAUACAUAUAGCCAAGUGAUGUUUUAUGUCACUUAUAGAUAGCUUAUAUCCACCAGUAAACUGUUGCUGAAUAAAGCAGGUACUAGUAAAAAGUGAUAGACACUGCCCAUAUUUCAGACAUGUGGGUGUUUAUAGUUGCUGUUCUGAUAUGCAAAAUUCAUGCUUGUAUUAAAAUGAAGAGUUUUCUUUUUAAAAGCUCUUUCUAAUUUGAUCUUACUGUUGUCAUUCUAAAAUUACUGCAUAAGCUUGGUGACUAAAACCUGGUGACUUCUGUAGCUGGGUUUGAGCCUUGGGACAUUUCAGGAACCACCGUGAAGAUGAAAUUGUGACCUGAUCUGUUUUGUGUGCCAUAGUGAGAAUGUUCCAAAGCUCUGGGAAGCGGCCAGUCCUCUUUCUGUGACAGCCAGAUGUCACCCACAGUUACCUGGGUGUGGGUGCUGCCUUCAGGAGGAGCCACUAAUGUUCAUUGGGGGGGUCAGACAGGUUUGCUAUCAACCCAGGGUUUCUGAAUCAAAAUCUGUGAUCAGAAACAAAGGAGCUCCUUUCUCAUUUGAUAUCCUCCACUUGGCCCACACCAUUUAUUUUCCUUUCUAGCUGGCAAAGCUGAAGUCCUGCAUAGGUGGUGGCCCGUGAUAGCUCCUGAAUAAGGCGUGUGUCCAGCUUUAGACCAUGGAGUCCAUCACUUGAAGCCAGGAUGCAGCUCCCAGUUUGCUGUCGCAAUCCUUGGGUUUCCUCUAGCAAUAUAGAAGUUGAGGGGUAGAUGGGGUAGAGGAAAUUAUUUCUCAUGUUUCAGAGCAGUCACACCUUGACUAGGGCUUAGUUUUCAGAAACUUAUUUUAAAGGGAGAGGACCUGGAUUAAACAGCAUAAAAAUUGUAUCUCAUAGUUCAGCCCUUAUGUUGAGUCCACAGGUAGGGAUUGGAGGUCUGGGUCUUGUGUUGAGAGAUAAGGAAAGGGAUACUCCAGCUCACGAGUGGAUAGUCAUAGGAAAUACACCAGAGCUUUUUUCUGCUUUUUACCUGAAAACUAGAUGAUCCUUUUUCCCCAGAGGUUUAUAUAAUGUGGAUAUAAAGACAAGGAUUGCAUUUUCUUUUCUGAACAGCCAUUAGAUUGUCAGUUCCCUAGUGUUUGUUUCUUGUUAAUACCAGUAAAAAAAGGUGGUGUCACCCUAAAAUUGGAAUGGUUUAUUAAAGCAUAGUGUCUGUCAUCUCAGACCUCGCAGGAGUUGUAAAAUGGAGUAUCACUGUAAAUAUGUGGAGGAGACUUAGAUUAAUUGGAAAGUAGACUUUUAGUUUUCAUGAAGCUAUGAAUAAAAAUUUGUAAAUUUACUCUUGAUCUAAUGUACAUUUUUAUGUAGCCAUUAAAUUCUCUAUUUAAUCUAUCAGUUUCUCACUGUAAAUGUUUUUACUCUCAGUUGAAUGCUGGGCACAGUUUGUAAUGUAUGUACACAAAGGUGUUUUUUUCUAUCAACGUUGACUUUUUUGCACAUAUUUGGAAAUAUUUAAUUUGUACACUGAUUUAAUACUCUGACCAAUUGUCGAUGGAUGUAUGAGAAUCACGUGUGUGUGCAAUGUACUACUGUCUGGGUGUAUGGGGUUUUUUAUUACUUUUGAAAUGUUGCUACCAGUAACUGCACUGCUGUUGCUGCUUUACAUGGAAUAUCUUGUGUAUAAAAAAAAGAUAAAAACAAUUUAAAAAUCAGCUUAUGGUUAUCGUGGUUGAGGAACUCAGGAGUUGAGCAUUGCUUGCUAGUUCCGUUAACAACCUUCCAAACUUAAAAACAACCAACCAACCCCGCCUUGUAAUUCUGUGUAUGCAUUGAAUGUGUGUGUGUAUAUAUUCCAGUAAUCUUAUUCCACAAUUUCAUUUCUACAUUUUUAUGAACUUGUUUUUUAAGGGUACUAUGUUUAGUUAGAAUAAUUAAAUAUAUAAAAGCUUUGAGAGAUGAUUUUACUAGAUGAAUAUAUUUUCAGCUGGCUGAUGUUCAAAAUAUUUUUUUAAUUUUUGUUUUUAACCAUUCGAAAUGUAUUUGUAUUUCCAAAAUCAGACACGAAUUGUACUUAGAAAUAUAUUAAAACACUCUGUAGGGACAACA